GCUAAAGUUUGGUCGCUUUUUUUUCCGGAAUUCUAGUAGUGUUUCUUUUAAUUUUUUGUUUUAUCUAAAAAAUUUGUAGGCAUGAAUCAAAGUUUAUUGAAAAAAUUAUGCAACAAAUCCAACAAGAGGUUAACCAGAUACCUCUGGAUGUUGCUUGGCACCCAGUUGGAGUAGAUUCUCGUAUUAAAGAUAUAGAGUUGUUAUUGCAAAAUGAAUGUGAAGAUGGAGUUUGCAUGAUUGGUAUUCACGGAGUUGGUGGCAUAGGAAAAACAACUCUGGCAAAAGCUAUCUACAAUCGAAUGUUUCGACUCUUUGAUAGUAGUUGCUUCCUUUCAGAUGUUAGAUCAGAAGCUGAAGAAUUUGGUCUCAUCAAGCUACAAGAGAAACUUCUUCGACAAAUUCUCAAAACUGAGGACAUCAAAGUUGGCAGUGUUGCUCAAGGCAUCAAUCUAAUCAAAGCAAGACUCGGGUCAAAGAAGGUUCUAAUUGUUCUUGAUGAUGUGGACCAUAAGAGACAGUUAGAAGCCUUGACAAGAGAAAGAAGUUGGUUUGGUUCGGAUAGUUUAAUAAUCAUUACCACCCGAGAUGAGCGACUGCUAUGUCGGCUUGGAGAAAAAGAGAGAUAUGAGGCCAAACUAUUAAAUGGCAAUGAAGCUAUGUUACUUUUAUGUUGGCAUGCUUUUGACAGACAUUUUCCACCACAAGAUUAUGUUAAUUUGGCACACGACAUAAUUGAAUAUUCAGGUAGGCUACCAUUAGCUCUUGUGACAUUAGGGUCACAUUUACAAGGAAGUUCUAUAGAAGAAUGGGGAUAUGAAGUCGAAAAACUAAGAGCAAUUCCUCAUAGUGAUAUCCAAAAGAUUCUCAAGAUAAGCUUUGAUGGACUUGAUGAUGAAACACAGACUGUUUUUCUCGAUAUUGCAUGCGUAUUCCAUGGGUUUGAUGAGCGUGUAGUUACUGAAAUAUUAAAUGCAUGUGGCUUUCAUGCUAAAAGUGCAAUUGCAACUUUAGUCCAAAAACACUUGCUCCAAAGAUCUUGGAAUUUUUUGGAGAUGCAUCAUUUAGUGCGAGAUAUGGGAAGAGAAGUCGUUCGCAUGGAAUCAGCUCGAGAUCCUGGAAAACGGAGUAGAUUAUUCAUCCCGCAAGAAGUCUAUGAUGUUCUACAAGGAAAUAAAGGUUCCGAAAAUGUAGAAGUACUGAAGGUAGAUCAAGGGACAUUAAACGGAGUGAACUUGAGCACCAAAGCAUUUGAGAAAAUGAAAACCCUUAGGGUUCUUAUAAUGGAUGAUUUACAUAUUAGUGGAGAUUUUGAGUUGUUGUCCAAGGAGCUCAGAUGGUUAUCUUGGAAAAGAUGUCCUUUAAAAUAUAUACCAUCAAAUUUUCCAGCUGAGAAUCUUGUAGUUCUAGAUAUGCGGGAGAGUAAUAUCCAAGAAUUUCGAUUGAAUUUGAAGUGUUGUAGAAGUUUGAAGAAGCUGAAUCUCUCUCAUUGCGAGCAACUCAGAAGCACUCCAAACUUCACUGGUUCACGGAGUCUUGAGAUUUUAUGGCUUAGUGGUUGCUCAAGUCUGACGGAGAUCCAUCCAUCAAUAGGAAAUUUGUCCAGACUAAUUGAACUAUAUAUGUCUGGUUGCAAAAAACUUAGGGAUCUUCCAAGCAACAUAUGCCAUCUAAUAUCCCUUGAUUACUUGAACAUUAGUCGCUGCUCAUCAAUAAAAACACUAUCAGAUAACCUUGGAGAUAUGAAAAGUCUAAGAUAUCUUGAUGCAUAUGGCACGAGUAUAAAACAAUUGCCUAGAUCUGUUGAAAUGCUAAGAAAUCUUGAAAGGUUGGUAGUGGGAGGUCAAAAGUUAAAGGCUAAAAGGAGUAUUUCUGGAGGAGUCUAUCGGUUACAAUAUUCCUUACCAGCCUUUAUAUCCUACUUGAGCCUUACAUAUUGUAAUUUGUCCGAGGCUGAUAUUCCUAGGGAUAUUGAGAGCUUAACCUCCUUACAGAUUUUAGAUUUGACCGGCAACAGUUUCCAUUGUCUGCCCAUUGAUUUUUCUAAGUUACAAUUAUUGAAGGAGUUGUGUUUGGAGGACUGUGAGAAUCUUCAAACACUCCCGUCAGUAUCAAAUUUAGAGAAUCUUGCAGCUAUUGGACUUAAGAAUUGCCAAAAAUUGGUCAAGAUUACAGAGUUGGACAACCUCCCUUCUAUAAGGUGGAUCGACAUGAUAAAUUGUAGUUCUCUCCAGAAUCCAUUCAAUGAAGGCUUCUUUAGUGCACCUGCUCUAUUUGCACUUAGUGAACACGCCCGAUAUGUGAACGAUAAUAUUAGCAUUUAUCUGGAAUGCAAAGAGAUUCCAGAAUGGUGCAGGAAUCAAGUAACAGCUUCAUCUAUGUGUUUGACUAUGCCGGCACAUAAUAAUGAUGAGUAUAACUUCUUAGGAAUGGUUCUCUGGUUUGUUUUCGAUGUACCCUGCAAUGAUGAUCCAAGCUUCUGGAUUGGUAUUGGCCAUAAAUUGACUCCAAUUGUUAUGUGGGCACUUGAAGAACACAAAGAACUGACAUUUGCAUAUUACAUAUCUUACUUAGAUGAACCUUUUGAUGGCCAGAUGAUGAAAGGCGGGGAAAAGAUAGAAGUGUGGUCUGAGGACUUUACAAUAAAGAAGAUAGGGAUCCAUCUGUUAUAUUUAGACCAACAUGGUAAUGUUAUAUCUUUGUCGGGAGACGUGGAUCAUUCUUAUUCCUUGUAAAAGAGCAAAGUUCUGAGUCAAGAUAAUUUUCCUGUAGAGCUAAUCAAAUUGUAUUUUAUAUUACCCUAUAAAUAUGUAGUUGAUUACAUAAUUUCUAAUUGAUAUUGAUCUUUUUUCAAAUAUUUG